GUUUGGGUCAGAACCUGGGUCCAGUUUGGACCGGUUCGGGUCAGAACCUGGGUCCAGGUUGGUCCGGUUUGGGUCAGAACCUGGGUCCAGUUUGGACCGGUUCGGGUCAGAACCCGAGUCCGGUUCGGGUCAGAACCUGGGUCCAGGUUGGUCCGGUUUGGGUCAGAACCUGGGUCCAGUUUGGACCGGUUCGGGUCAGAACCCGGGUCCGGUCCGGGUCCAGGUCCAUAUACUUUAUGAAAGCACUGAAUGGGUUCAGAACCGGGUCCAAUCGGGUCAGCUCCCGUCUCUGUUUGUGACUCAGGUCUUCUGAUCCAAUCAGCUGCCAGCUCCUGGGCUCAGACCCCGCCCCCUGGCUGCAGGCUGUGGUGGAGCGAUCUGAUUGGCUCUGGCUCCUCUGGCCAAUCAGCUGUCAGGAUGUUCCUGCCAAUGUCUGGCCUGUCUCACCUGGUUGCCGUGGUAACGCCCUCUUCAAGAAACCCGAGCAGCGCGGCGCCGGGCCGACACCCGAGCCGCUCUGAAUGUUUGAUGCGUUCCGACAGAGAUCCUGGAACACCUGAGCAGAACGCCGCCGCCGCCGCCAGAGGAGCAGCGCCGCAACGCCGCAGGUGAUGAACCAGGAUGUCAGACGGGAAGCAGCGCAGUUUGUCCACUUCCGGAGAGUCUCUGUACCAGAUCCUCGGCCUGGAGAAAGGCUGCAGCCAUGACGACAUCAAGAAGUCCUACAGGAAGCUGGCGCUGCGGUUCCACCCGGAUAAGAACCCGGACAACCCGGAGGCGGCGGAGAAGUUCAAGGAGCUGAACAACGCGCACUCGGUGCUGGCCGACCUGAGCAAGAGGAACAUCUACGACUCGUACGGCUCGCUGGGGCUCUACGUGGCGCAGCAGUUUGGAGAGGACAACGUCAACACCUACUUCAUGCUGUCCACCUGGUGGGCCAAGGGUCUGUUCCUGCUCUGCGGCGUCCUGACCGGAUGUUACUGCGGCUGCUGCCUCUGCUGCUGCUGCAACUGCUGCUGUGGGAAACUCAAGCCCACCGCGGCGGGCGAGGGGGCGGAGCCAGAGUACGUCUCGCCUGACGACCUGGAGGAGGAGAUUCGCAACAGUCCCGACAACGGUGCAGAGACGCCGACCGUCCAGCAACCCAGCGGCGCCAGCGAGAAGACGCAGCUGAUCGGCGACGGCCACCGCAGAUACGGAGACACCUACACCUGAGAGGGCAAGCUGACCCCAAACCCGGCUGACCCCUGACCCCGCUCACCUCAAACCCCGCUGACCCCUGACCCCAUGGCCCGUCGACUGGAACACUCAAAUAUUCUUCACCAAAGACACCAAAACGUCUCUGGCGUUCCAAACACAAGACAUAAAACCUGAUGAAGAUUAAAACAUUUGAGACGAUCGAAUCACUGGAACAUCAGAGACAUUUUUAGCUCCAGUUGGGAUCUUUGAUCAAAUCACUUCAGUCUCCAUCUUGUUUCUUUUGCUAUGAUCAUCUGAGAACAGAUCCAUCAACUCCAUCAGCUGCUACUGCUGUCUUAGCAUAUGCACCAAAAACAACCAAUCAGAGCCUGGAGGCGGGGCCUAGUGCUAUAAAUCACCUCAUGUACCUGCUGCUAAAUGUGCUAAUGGUGGAGAAACAACU